AAAAAUGUAAUUCCAACUUGUCAGAGGUUCCCAUUUAGCAAAAGCGCGCGAAACCAAACAAUCCCUUAUUCGCACAGUUUACAUUUCUUCCCUAAAGUGCAUCUGUACAGUUCUUACAAUCACCGUCGACGACAAUGCCGGAGCUUCCGGAGGUGGAGGCGGCGCGUCGUGCCAUAGAGGAGCACUGCGUUGGGAAGAAAAUUGUGAAAUCGGUGGUCGCCAAUGAUUCCAAAGUCAUCGACGGCGUCUCUCCGAAGGACUUCGAGGCAUCGCUCACCGGGAAAACCAUCGUCGCUUCCCAUCGCAAGGGCAAGAACAUGUGGCUUCAGCUCGAUUCCCCACCUUUCCCCUCCUUCCAGUUUGGAAUGACAGGAGCUAUAUAUAUCAAGGGAAUUGCUGUUACUAAAUAUAAGCGGUCUGCCGUGAAGGAUACGGAUGAGUGGCCUUCCAAGUAUUCCAAGUUAUUUAUUGAAUUAGAUGAUGGGUUGGAGUUUUCAUUCACGGAUAAGAGGCGCUUUGCUAAAGUUCGCUUGCUUGACAAUCCUGUUUCUGUGCCCCCAAUAUCUGAGCUUGGUCCUGAUGCGUUGUUGGAACCUAUGACUGUAGAUGAGUUCUACAACUCCUUGAGCAAGAAGAAGAUUGGAAUCAAGGCUCUUUUACUGGACCAGAGUUUUAUCUCAGGCAUUGGCAAUUGGAUGGCUGAUGAAGUACUAUAUCAAGCUAGGAUCCAUCCUCUGGAAACUGCUUCCAGUUUGUCCAAAGAAAGCUGUGUAACGUUGCUCAAGUGCAUUAAUGAGGUUACAAAGUUUGCAGUUAAAGUUGAUGCUGACUGCAGCCGCUUCCCUGUUGAAUGGAUGUUUCAUUUUCGGUGGGGCAAAAGGCCUGGAAAAGUUAAUGAGGCCGUUGAGGUUGGGGCAGAUAGUAGUCAGUUCCCCAGUAAUUGGAUUUUCCAUUCCCGGGAAAAGAAGCCUGGAAAGGCUUUUGUUGAUGGGAAGAAGAUUGAAUUUAUCACUGCUGGUGGCCGAACGUCGGCCUAUGUACCAGAAUUGCAAAAGCUGAGUGGUAAUCAAGCUAGGAAAGUAGUGGUUGAAUCAUCCAACAACAUUGAAGAAUCAAGCAACGAGGAAGCGACUGAUUCUAGGAAAUCAAAAGUCCCAAGAGGAAGAAAGGCUACGGUUAAGAAACCUUCCUCGAAGAGAAAGUCCAAGGAAAGUAAUGGUGAAAGCAACAGUGAUGACGAUGAUGAUAAAAGUUUAAGGAAGGAACCCCCUUCAAGAGGCAAAUCCAAGGGAAGGAACGAAAAUGAUGACCAGAAGAAGAAAUCUAAAGGAAAGAAAACUCCCACGAAGAGAAUUUUCGAGGAAAGUGACGAUGAGGAUGAUGUAGAUAAUGCUAGUGGGAGUGGCGAUGAUGAUGAAGAGGAUCACAAGGUGAUGUCCAAGAAACGAGGAAAGGCUGGGUCACUAUCGAAGGGUAAGGUUGGAUCAGGUCGAAACGGGAGGCAGCAGAAGAGAGUGGCAAAAUAGUUUCGACUGCGGAAUAUUACAUUGCAGUAGUUCGCUCUCUUUUGUGUUUUGGAAAGAAUGGAAACAAGUUUAGGUAAGCAUCGGGCGCUAGCAGUACUUGCGAUUUGCUGAUUUUCUAUGAAUUUGGGGCGUAAGUUAAUCCUCCUUUUUAAGUGUUAUGUGGAUGUUUCUGUAAGUACUUUUGGCUCAAAACUUUGCAUAAUUUUCGUCUGAGUGUGUGCCAAUGUCCUUCGUUGUUAUUUUUGUAUGGCAACAUGGAAUCAUUACACAUUUUACGACUGAAGAUGGUAUUUACCAGUUAAGUAAUACUAUUUGUACAUCAUUGUAUAUAUAAUGGUAUACAGAUAGAUGAUAUGGGAGAGAGAGAAAUCCAAUUAUUAUGAUAUUCCUCUUUCAUGUCAUUUAUUUGUAACUAUUAUGUAUACAAUGAUGUACAAUUAAUAUUAUUCUGAA